GAGCUCUUAUCUCACUUUCCUCUGCAUUUUCCCGGAUUUGCCGCUUUCUUCUUCCCCCAUCUCUCCCUCUCUCUACGCGAAUUCCUUUGACUCCUUCCUACGCGAAAGCGAACGCGGAUCUUCAUGCAGCUACUGAAAUUUCGAUUCUUUGGGAAGAUUUUUCGGUGAUCGGGUUUGUUCUUAUCGAUUUGAUCACAAUCUGAGUUCUUGCUAAAAGUGCAUCUUUUCCCAUCUUGGAUCAAUCGAUCUUCUGAUUUUGUAUUUUCCUGAAACCCCAGCUUCGGAUUCUCUUCUGGGUUUUUUGUUUUCCCAACCUAAUGAUUUUGAUUCAUCGCUGUGCUCUAAACUUCUGGAUUUGUCAAUUUUGUUGGAUUCUCAUCGUGUUUGUCUUCUGGAAAAAUCUGUGUAGAAUCUGAAUGAGGCAGUGUUAAGUGUGGAUUUGAGCUGGGUUUAUGUAGAUUUACGCGUGUUUUACUUGGUGACAGAAUUUAGAUUUCGGGUUCGUUGCUCAUCCUAGUCUCUGGGUUCUUUUAAUGAUCAAGUAUCUCUCUUCCCUUUUUGUUUGUGGGAGAAAAUUUCUGCGAAAACGUUGUCUUUUUGAGCUAGGUUCAGGUAGAUCAUUCGUGAGUUGUUCGGAUUUAGAUCAUGCUCCGCCUUAUUGCUUGCAUCGGAUUAUGUUUUUCCCCUUUGUUAAUGUGUUGAUUUGGUUGCCCCUCGUGAAGUUGAAGUUUAGGAAACACGUCAAUUUUUAAGAUUUCUUGAUCUGUGUUCCUCGUUGUUGAUGGAUGUUGCUACAUUCAAGAGGCCGGAGAAAGUUCCCCUUGCCUUAGAUGUCCGAGCUACAUGUUCUUCUUAGUUACAGUAGAUUGGCUUUUUAGGUGCUGUGCCAACAUGUGGUCACUUGUUUCUGGAUGCAACUAAGAGCAUAUGGCAAAAGCAUAGUGAGAUGCUAUCUAUCUGGUCCGUAGGAUUGUUCAUUGCCACAUUGUUAGCAUUUGUGUUUGUUAUUUGGGUGCAGAUAGAAUCGGGUAUUCCCAUAUGAAUCACCUUCAAGUGUGAGGUCGGGUUUCAAGAAUUAAGAGAAUAAUCUGCUUGGUUGCUUUAGCUGAAAGAGAACUUUUCAGCAGUGUGUGGUUUAUUGCAUACUAGACAAUGAGCUUUUGUUUGGUUUGUGUUUUUGAAUGCUACAUAUGGGAUAAAUCUAACACUUGACAUCUGUGAUGGGACCUGAUAGCAUGAUAUACCGAAGUGCAUGUUUUCAUAACAUUUGUUUAUGUUUGUGCAGUAUUCUUCUCGCUUAUAAUUUUAUUCAAACAUGUGGAAGUUCAAACCGUUUGCUCAGAAGGAGCCCGCAGGGCUAGAAGGUCGAUAUCUUGAUGUUGGAAAUCUUAAAAUUCAAGUCCGGAAUAUCAUCGCAGAGGGAGGAUUCUCCAGUGUCUACUUAGCUCAGGAUGCAACAAACCUGUCAAAGCAGUAUGCUUUGAAGCACAUUAUAUGUAAUGACGAAGAGUCACUAGAACUCGUGAUGAAGGAGAUAUCGGUAAUGAAAUCUCUCAAGGGACAUCCAAACAUUGUCACCCUCUAUGCACAUGGUGUCUUGGACAUGGGGAGAAAAAAAGAAGCCCUUCUAGUGAUGGAAUUUUGCGGUAAAUCUCUCGUCAGUGUACUGGAGAGCAGGGGUGCUGGUUACUACGAGGAGAAACAGGUUCUUUCAAUUUUCAGAGAUGUGUGCAAUGCCGUAUUUUCUAUGCAUUGUCAAUCUCCACCUAUUGCUCACAGGGAUUUGAAGGCUGAGAACCUUCUACUAAGUUCAGAUGGACAGUGGAAGUUGUGUGACUUUGGGAGCAUUUCAACUAAUCACAAGAUAUUUGAAAGGGCCGAAGAAAUGGGCAUCGAAGAAGACAACAUUAGGAAAUACACAACACCAGCAUAUAGAGCCCCCGAGAUGUGGGAUUUAUUCAGAAGAGAGCGUGUAAGUGAGAAGGUCGACAUAUGGGCUCUUGGCUGUCUUCUGUUUCGAAUAUGCUAUUUCAAGAAUGCAUUUGAUGGAGAAUCAAAGCUACAGAUACUGAAUGGGAACUAUCGAAUACCAGACAUGCCUAAGUACAGUUCAUCUGUUACAGAUCUCAUCAAGGACAUGCUUCAAGCUUCACCAGAUGACCGACCAGAUGUUACACAGGUUUGGUUUCGUGUCAAUGAGCAGUUGCCUGCUAAUUUGCAGAAGUCAUUACCUGAUGGACCGCCUGAGAUGCAAUCUACUGGAGUUCAUGACGGGUCAUCCAACUCUGCGAAUAAAUCUUCUCCUGUUCCUCGUAGAAGUCCACCUCCACCGCCUUCUGGAGAGUCGGCUGGUGGGGGACAGCUCGGUGCCUUCUGGUCCACUCAACACGCAAAGAACUCACUUUUCGCGGAUGGUGAACCAAACAGCUACAGCAACACAUCGAAAUCUGAAAGAGUUUCACACAAAAACCCUAGCCCUGUGAGUGGAGAGGCUCGUGCUGCACAAAGGAAUGUUCACCCUAACAAUACAAGUCCUGCCACCGACAGGACGAAGGUGUCAAAGGAUGAUGCUUUUAAUACUUUUGUUGCGGAAUUUGAUUCCAAGAAGCUUGACAGUGGAACUGGUAAUAAUAAAUCUGCAAAGGAAGAUGCAUUGGGGGCUGAGAUAGAGAGGCUGAAACAACAGUUGGAACAAGCCAACUCAGAGAAGGCAGAGAUUACCGCUAAGUUUGAAAAGCUUUCUGCCAUUUGCAGAUCCCAAAGGCAAGAGUUACAGGAGCUCAAGCAAACUCUUGCUUCUAAAACUGCGUCGUCAUCUAGCAGAGAAAGUCCACAGACUCGAACCUCUUCAGGAGCUCGUGCAACUUCUCCGCAGAGAGAGAAGAUCGAAGGAACAAUGUGGGAACUCCAACAAGACAGAUCAGAUUGGGCAACUGGGAAAUCAGAUCUGAAGCCAUGGCAAGCUUUCAGCGAUGAUCCCAAACCCAACUUGCAGACUGCAUCAAAGGGUAACAACACUAGUACUAAUCAGUCUUUUGGAACCAGAAACAGUCAGCCAAGCAAGCAAACAACCCUCACUGCUGUCCCAACAAGCCAAGGUUUCGAUUCGUGGGGUUUUGAGACAGAUUCCUUCAGGGCAACCCCGACUUCUGCCUCUGCAACACAAAGACCUCUCGGCUCAGGUAACACUUCCCAGCGAUUUGGAAAUUCACGGGUCAGAGAUAAUCAGCAGGCUGCUCAACCUGCUGGGUGGUCAGGCUUCUAACUCAUGAGUGCAUAUAUCUUCUUUCUCUGAUUCCAGUAACUUUUACCAUAUGGUUCCCAUUAAAUGUCUCGUCUUUUGUAUGAUCCCCAUGUUUCUGUGCUCCUGAAUACACCCUACUGUUUUGUACACUGCAAAACUUACAGAUAUGGUUCUGCGGAAUGCAUACACAUUCCUGAGUUAUCAAAGAUCACAGUUCAAGUUCA